AUGUCCGCGUAUCACGCUGAAACGAUGCGCGUUAUGGGCGGCGGCGCUGGAAGCAGCAGAGAGCUCUGCGCCUCCACGCCUCGCCUCCACCUCCACCACUGGCUCACCGCCUCCUGCACCUGCGCCUCCACGCCUUCCCUGCGCCUCCACCAGCACUCCCUGCGCCUCUGCGGCUCCACACGCCUCCACCGCCUCCACUUCCACACCUCACCGCCUCCUGCGCUUCCCCACCGCCUCCACACGCCUCACCACGCUGCGCCUCCACCGCCUCCACACGCCUCCACGCUUCCACACCUCCUGCCUCGCCUCCACACGCCUCCCACGCCUCACACGCCUCCACCGCCUCCCCGCCUCCCACGCUCCCGUUCCCACCACGCCUCCACGCCUCCACCGCGCCUCCACGGGCCUCCACAGGCCUCCACCACAGCCUCCACCACGCCUCCACAACUUCCACAAGCGCCUCCACACGCUACAAGCUCCACCGCGACCACACCACGCCUCCACACGCCUCCACCGCCUCCACGCCUCCACCACGGCUCUGACUCCUGCGCCUCCACACGCCUCCACCGCCUCCACGCCUCCACACACGGGCUCCACCACAGCCUCCUGCGCCUCCACUGCUCCACGGCUCCCACCACGCCUCACCACCGCAGCUCCACACGACCACCGCUCCUCACCACGCCUCCACCACGGCUCCACCUGGCUCACAGCCUCCACACGCCUCCACCACAGGCUCACAGCAGCUCCCACACGCCUCCACCGCCUCACCAUGGGCUCCACGCCUCCACCGCCUCCACACCGCCUCCACCGCCUCCACCACGGGCUCCACACGGCCUCCACCACGCCUCCACCACGCUUCCACAAGCUUCACACACGCCUCACACCACGCCUCACACGGCUCCCACGCCUCCACCGCGCCUCCACACGCCUCCACCGCCUCCACCGCCUCCACCUGCGCCUCCACCACGCCUCACACACGACCUCCACCACGGCCUCCACCGCCUCCACACGCUCCACCACGGCUCCACCACGCCUCCACAGGCUCCACACAGCCUCCCACCGCCUCGACACGCCUCCACACGCCUCCUCACGCCUCCACACUCCUCCACACGGCUCCUGCGCCUCACCACGGCCUCCACACGCCUCCACCACGGCCUCCACCGCUUCCACACGCCCCUCCACGCCUCCCACGCCUCCACACGCGCCUCCACGGCCUCCACACAGCCUCCACACGCCUCCUUCCACCGCCUCUACCACCAGCCUCCCACACGGCCUCCACCACCGCCUCCAACUAUGCCUCCACCUGCCUUCACGCCUCCACCACGCCUCCCACCACGCCUCCUGCGCUUCCACCACGCCUCCACCACGCCUCCACACGCCUCCACAGCCUUCCACCACGCCUCCACACGCCUCCACAUGCCUCCCACAGCCUCCACACGCCUCCACGCCACCGCCUCCACAUGCUUCCCACCGCCUCCACGCCUCCACUCACCGCCUCCAUCACGCCUCCAUCACGCCUCCAUCACGCCUCCAUCACGCCUCCACACACCUCCACGCCUCCACCACGCUUCCACACCUCCACCUUCACACGCCUCCACACAGCCUCACCACAGCCUCCCACCACGCCUCCCUUCUACGCUUCUGCGCCUCCACCACGCCUCCCACACGGCCUCCCCGGCUCCACACGCCUCCACACGCCUCCACCACGCCUCCCACUCCCAUGUCCGCAGCUAA